AUGGAUAUCGACGUUUCUCCGACAAGGGACACCACUAGACGUGUCCAGUAUUGUUCCAAAUGGAAGAGAAUAGGGAACACUAUAUACGUAUCGGCUAGCGUGGGCUGCGAUAUGAUGUAUCACCAACGCGCGCCCACGCCAAGGGAGCAAAUGGAACUCGGGAUCGCGAAUAUGAUGGCCGCCGUUCAAGGCGCCGGGAGCAACAAGGAUUACAUCGCAAAGCUGACGAUGUACCUCACGCGCAAGGACAAUCAUUUCGACAUGAUGAUGAGCAUAUUGGCGCAGUAUUUCGGGAAGCCAGAAGACGUGCCUCCUUGGACGUGCCUCGGUGUCUCGGCUCUUCCGCAGGCCACUUGUUUCGCCAUCGAGUGCAUCUGCGAGUUUCUGGGCCAACUCCCGCCGUCCGGUACCGCUACCCUGUCGGGCCGGAGUGUCACCAGCUCGACUCCCAACCAAGACUACGAUGCAUGA